CAUACAUUUGAUUCCCAUAGCGCGAUAUGCAGCAGCGCCUCUCUGCCGAUUGGUCGGUAGGAGAUCUGAACUUCGUGGCAUUAUGCCACAUCUUGCAACAGCUUCAACCUUAUUGCCAGACACCAGUGUAUGAUCGGCUUAGAUCUACAGGUGAUCAUAGACGUAAUUUUUGUUUGUACAGCUGCCCCAUAGUCUACACUACCUUCCAAUUACGUUUGAAUGAGCUACAACUCCAAAAAUUUCUUAAUGUUCAGUUCCAGUUCGUAUGUCGUAGAAAAAUGAUAUCAUCUAAAAUUCAGUUACCUUGGCUGUCCAACAAAGUUCCCCUGGGGCAUCUGAUUUUGACAGUUCUGACUGGUCUGGUGGUAUUCUUUGGAUUAGCAAAACUAGUGUCCGUUCCGCUGCGCAUCGAUAGCUUUGAUAGCUUUAGAUACCCCAACCUCCAAGAGGAGGAUGAGGGCCGACAAUCAGGUCAAGGAUUUGGACCCUGAGCCUAAGAGGGGGCAUCCAUGUAAUUUCAAUGAGUGGCUGUCGUUAAAUGUUAUGUGAAUUCAAUUGCAUCAUGUGGGUGGAGACCUCAUUGCCAGCACUGCCACCAUUUUGCAAUUGUAAUUUUAAUUGGAAAUUAAUUAAAUUUAAGCAUAUGCCAGUCCGAGUUCCAUUCCAGCAAUUAAACGCAAUUUAAUAUCGUUGUAAAUUUGCCUAUCAUUCCAGAUGCACGAGGAAGGCUUGGCGCACCUUUCAAACAAUAAAUAUUGUAUCUAAUUUUAGAAUCUAAUCCACCAUAAGUGCAGUCGCUUCCAAUUGAAAAUUAGCAAUAUAACCAACAAAAAAAGAGUAAAUUAUGUAAUUAUCUAUUGCCGAAUCACGAAAAUGAACUCAUUUGACAACAUGCGUGUCAUUCAUACUUGAACAUAUG